AUGGGAGAUAACUACUCCUUUGAAAAGAGCGCUCUUUAUGCCGAUUUGUUUGGAUAUAAACUCUACCUACAAACAAAGAAUCAACACAGAGCAACCGUGUUAGGUCUUAAAGAAUCUAAAUCAACAGAAGAUGGUUCAACUUAUACUAGGUGGGGAAAAUCUUCAUUUCCUGGUAAUGGCACAGAGACUAUAUAUACUGGACUUGUUGCGGGAUCACACUAUACUCAAAAAGGUACAUCGGUCAACUACCUGUGUGGCGCAAUUAUCUACGGAGCUGAAUACGAGUUUGACCAUCACAGCCGGUCAUAUUUCUUUGGUCGAGAAAUAACUGAUCAGGAUCCACCCUGUGCUGUUUGCCGAACUGAACGGCCAACCGUAAUAAUGAUUCCUGGCAGUCGACAAUGCCUCGAUGGCUGGACAAUGGAAUACAACGGCUAUUUAAGCAGUAGGUAUUACGAUCAUCCUGCAGCUACCGAGUUUGUUUGUCUAGAUGUCGACCCGGAAGUUAUUUCUGGCGGAACUUCUAAUAAUGACAGCAAGCUUUUUUACCUAACGGAACUCCGAUGCCUUUCCUCCUCGCUUUGUCCGCCAUAUGUGAAUGGUCGAGAGCUUUCGUGUGUUGUGUGCUCCAAAUGAAUUGCUUUAAAAUCAACCGUUCAAGACUGAGUUAGUAUAUAAACUUGAAACAUGGUCAUGGUAUAUGUCCAGUUUUUACAACAGUAUUUAAUGUGUUGGAAAUUUAUUAAAUAGUAAAAGUUAUAUAAAUUGUAUGUGACGUCCUAUGUACAGCUCAUGGAUUGACCAAU